AUGACCGACAACAUAUCUCGAAUUCAGGUGUCAUAUCACCCACCACAUAUUCCACAGCUCCUCGCAAUCGCGGCAUACCUCUAUUUCCUCUCCUUUACCUCCUCUUUGUGCGGCAAGAUUAUCAAUGCACCGCUCAUCGGCCCUCUCGUUGUUGGCAUCAUCUGUGGGCCUGUGGUCGCAGGUCUUCUUCCAGAGUCAACACAACAGACCUUCAUUGACUUGGGUUACAUAGGAUUGCUUCUUAUCGUCUUCGAAGCAGGCCUUACGACGGACGUAUCCCUUCUGGCGCGGAACAUAUGGCUCAGCAUUGCCGCUGCUUUGACGGGAAUCGCAGUUCCGAUCGGCCUUUCGAUGGCCCUCCUCGAGGGAGCGUUCAAAUACGGCGGGAAGAAAGCAUUCGCAGCCGGUGCAGCUUUAUGCUCGACAUCCUUGGGGACGACGUUGGCGUUGCUGACACCAGACUUGAAGAGGACGCGUGUCGGUUGUGUGCUGAUGGGUGCAGCGUUGUUGGACGACGUGGUCGGUUUGGUUAUCGCAGGGAUCAUCCCCAACAUCGCGGCGUCGAGUGCCUCUUGGCAAAUCAUCAUCCGCCCUGUCCUCGUUUCGUUGGGUUUCGCAGCCCUUACGCCCAGUCUGGCUUUUUGCCUGCAUAGAUUCCUCGACACCCUCCCAGACCGCUUUCAAAUAAUGAUAUAUGAUUCACGCACCCAACUAUUCCUCAUCGUUACCACUCUGUUCGGAUUUAUUGCAGGCUCGAAGUACGCCGGCACGAGCGAAUUAUUCGGUGCUUACCUGGCCGGUGCAUUCAUGGCUCAUGUUUUCAGCCGUCCGGAUCCAGCCGUCGACACCCCUCCACUCUUCAACGAACCCUCGUCAUCCUCGUACGCCGACACGUCAAACGCAAUGUCGACGCUCCAAGCACACCAGAAACACCUCGAGCCAAUCCUGGUGACCUUCCUUGGACCAAUAUUUUUUGCCUCCAUCGGCGCUGCUCUGCCCGUCGGGGCUCUAUUCACUGCAAAUGGCAGUCACCAAGUCGUUUGGCGCGGCAUCGUGUACUCGGUGUUGAUGGUACUCGCGAAGAUGGUCGUCGGAUUGUGUUUGCUCGUUUGGCCUGAACCUGGGUCUAAAACACCUAACACUACUCAACCCGCUGAAGCGCAGGAAGAGGACAAAGACAAAGUCAUCGUCGAGCCACAACCAUUGGAAACUCCUACCACGAACCCUCCACUUCCGCCAACACACAAGCAGUCAGCUGCCCUCCUCGGCCUCGCCAUGGUUGCCCGUGGCGAGAUCGCGUUGAUCGUCGCCCAGCUUGCACGACCUCUCUUAACGGAACCUUUUGACCCAAGUACGGACACGCCAGACGAGGAACCCCUCGCCGUCGUUAUUUGGGCGAUACUUGUUAGCACGCUGGGUGGCGCCAUUGGUGUUGGACUGUUGAUUAGCUCGUGGAAAAGGAGAGCACGGUAG